GAAUUCCUUCGCCCAUCUCUGGUCUAUUGUUCUCUGUACUUGCACAUCCAGAAAAUCCAUCGACACUCUUGUUGCAGUACAGAUCUGGAAAGCAUUCCUAUCUAAAGUUUAGCUAGCAGCGACGAUGAAUCAUCUUCGAAACCUGGAGUUAACAGGAUUUUUCAUUAAUUUGGGGUUCUGACGCAGCUAAAUUUGGUAGUGGCAAUGCACUGGUUUGUUAUGGAGUGACUGGUCCAUUGGGUUUUUACCAUUUGAAAGCAGGAUGAUUCAAUUGAAUGCAGAUCUUUCCACAAAUUAUAUGAUACAUGAUGAAGGUCAGGCUUUCAAAUUGACUUGAACUGUCAUCAACGAUUUUAAAAUUGCUAAGAAGAUCUGCUUCUCCAUUUCUCGCCUACUCCACUCCACAGUCCACACUAUCACAAUUCUCCGCAUUCCUCUGUGUCUCGACGCCUCCACCCUCCAGCCUCCAACCUCGGCCACACUCCGGUCAAGCGGUUACGCCCUCACACCCUCUGGCCCUACCCUCGCAUCUUAGUCCGCUCGGUUUCUGCUUCUCCGUCCUCCGACGCCAACACCCUCCCCGUCUCCCUCACAAUCUCUGGCCCUCAGCCAGUCAGACAAAAGAAGCAUUCAAAGAGUGAGAAGAGUAUUUCCAUCCGUUUGGUGUCACAGAGAGUGGUAAUCUUCUUGGGUAAAAGCCAUAGAAGUUUCUGCUACCUGGUUGGGCUGUACUUUGGAAUGCGGAUAAUUUAACCUUCCCGUAUUCAGUUCAAAGAGUUCGUAACGUGGUCAAGACUUUGCAGGUAAUAGACAUGGCAGCAUUGCUGAGAAUGAGAGGCAGCAGUGUUUACUCUAAACAUCAACAUAGUCUUUCCUUCUUGCUGAAUGAAUCCCUUUGCUGUGUUCAGCUCUUGAAAUUACGCUCAUUCUGUAGUUCUGUCAAAUUUGAUGAUCAUCAACACUACAAUAAUACUCCCAACUCUCCUAACCCAAAUACCCCUCAGUCAAACUUUUCUCCUCCUGAGCCUAUACCCAAUAGGCCAUUGAGAGAUGAGUCUAGAAGACCCCCGUUUAUUCCCCGGGGCCAAUGGCAGGCAAGGAGGCCUUCUGCUAGUUUCAACCGAUUUGAUGGGCAAGAUAGAAAUCAGAGUCCACAGGCUAGUAGUGGCGAAGAUUUUCUCAAGAGAUUUCAGCUUGGAUUUGACCAUGAAAAAAGCGACCCAAAUCAUACCAAUCCUCUCAAAGGAGAGAGUACUGAGAGUUCUGCUGAGGAAUCACCACCUCCACUGCAAGAUGCAGAUGAGAUAUUUAAAAAAAUGAAAGAAACUGGGUUGAUUCCAAAUGCUGUAGCAAUGCUUGACGGGCUUUGCAAGGAUGGAUUGGUUCAAGAGGCAAUGAAGCUCUUUGGGAUUAUGCGUGAGAAGGGUACCCUUCCGGAAGUAGUUAUAUACACUGCUGUAGUCGAGGGGUUCUGCAAGGCUUAUAAUCAUGAUGAUGCUGUGAGAAUUUUCCGAAAAAUGCAAAGCAAUGGCAUUAUUCCUAAUGCUUUCACUUAUAGCAUCUUGAUCCAGGGGCUUUGCCAAGGAAAGAGAUUGGAGGACGCAUUUAUGUUCUGUCUGGAAAUGUUGGAGGCAGGACAUUCACCUAACUUAGCAACGUUCAUUGGUUUGGUUGAUGGGUAUUGUAAGGAGAAAACAUUGGAGGAUGCCCAAAACAUGAUUCAAACACUGAGGCAAAAAGGCUAUUACCUUGAUGAGAAAGCUGUUAGGGAGUACUUGAACAAGAAAGGACCAUUCUUACCAUUGGUUUGGGAGGCAACCCUAGGCAAGAAAGCUUCACCCAGGCAAUCUUUGUUUUAGUUAUUUUGAAUGCUUGGAAGAGUCUCAAUACUUUUCUUCCUCCACCCCAAUUUCCAUGUGUUCACACAUUUUGCCUAGUUGGACAGGUAUUGGCUGUUAGCAAUUAGCUAUAAGUCUAGAACAUGUAUGCAGCCACUUAAGUUCAAGAAUGUCACUGAACGAAUGUAGUUAAUGUGGUUGUAGUUAGUUAUGCUUGGAGUCUCAUCAGCCACUAAUAUCAUUAUUUCCAUUUUCCGAACUGAAUUGAAGGUCCUGGAGAAAGAUUAUAUGCAAACUAAGUAGUUGUUGCAAA